AACAGGCAACAUUCGAUCGAUUCAACGACGCCGCUGUCAAACGACAAACAUUGCGUCUCGCAAGACAAGUUGUAAAAAAAAUUAACCUUUCUACUGACGAAACUGUGCCACGAACUUUUACAACAUGAAGAAAACACAUCAAACGCGACAAAAGACUAUGAGUGACCCGAUGAUCGUGACGCGCGUGAAAAAUUACUUAGCGGAAAAUGUGGACAAGACGUUCGUUGAUGUGAGCCAAAUGGCGCGUUCUCUCAAAGAGCGGCACCGCGAGUACAACAACAGGAGCGACAGUGCCUUCUGUCAGAUGGUGGAGAGUGCAUACAAAGUGGUUUUACAAAGCUACGGGCUCGACGGUGCGUCCACGUCAGACGGUUCCGAAGAAGAGUCCGACUUGGAGUUGUUGGACGAAAACGCCAGCGCAUUGAACGAGCGGCUUCUCGCCAUGUACAAAAUGCAGGACAAAAAACGACCCGCAGCUAAUCGUCGCAAUACAGAUAAGUCUGGUGAGCCCAUAGACAUACUUAGUAGCGACGAAGACGGUAGCGCGGCGCCCAAACUACCCAAAAUAAGCGAUCAAAUAACAAUCACCCCCCACAUACCGGCCAGAACAAAUAGCACGGCCAUCGAGAGUGCACUAAAACAACAAAACCAACCGGUUGACAAGAAACGGAAGCCUGAAUCCAAUAAAAAUCCUGUGCCCAAGAAAAAGUAUGAUGUUGGCACAUCAAAACAUGUUAAGGUAUCGUUUGAGGACAUUGGUGGGCUGUCUGACAUUAUAACACAGAUAUGUGACCUAAUUUUACACAUGAAACACCCAGAAGUGUAUGCCAAGUUGGGUAUAAAAGCCCCCAGAGGGGCAUUAUUACAUGGUCCACCGGGCACAGGGAAAACAUUACUUGCACAGGCUAUUGCAGGUAAAUUACAAUUACCUCUUGUGUCUGUGACAGGCACAGAGCUUGUGGGUGGAGUGUCUGGAGAGUCGGAAGAAAGAAUCAGAGAGUUAUUUGAGCGAGCUGUAUCUGUAUCUCCAAGUGUUUUAUUCAUUGAUGAGAUAGAUGCUGUAUGUGGUAAUAGAGUCCAUGCUCAAAAAGACAUGGAGAAGAGAAUGGUAGCUCAACUAUUGGCUAGCUUAGACUCGCUUAGUGAUAAUGAUGCUGCAGUACUUGUGCUAGCUGCAACUAACAACCCUGAUGCCUUAGACCCUGCAUUGAGAAGAGCAGGGCGUCUUGAACAAGAAAUAACAUUGGGUAUACCAUCAUUAAAAUCAAGGAAAGAGAUUUUAGAAAUUCUUUGUAGAAACAUUACAAUGGAUGAAGAUGUUAACAUGAAUAUUUUAGCACAAAUAACACCAGGAUUUGUAGGAGCUGACCUGCAGGCUUUAGUGAAUAAAGCCAGCACUUACGCAGUCAAGAGAAUCUUUACCGAAAUCAGAGCAAAUGAAUUGGCACAAAAAGUUAAGGCACAGGCUAAACCUGUUGAAGAAUUAGCCCCUGUAAUAUCAAAUGGUGAAAAAGAAAGUGAAGAGCCGGCCAGCAAUGAGCCCACUGAGUCUGUAGUUAAUGCAGUAGAGGGUUCGACUCCAAUUGUUGUUGCAGAACCAGUACCAGAAAAAUUGGAAUCUGAAGUAAACCAUGUUGAAGAAUCUGUAAAACCCUUAAGCCCUCUAGAUGAGGUUUUAGAAUUGCUGAAUGUGAUGCCUUAUUCCACAGAAAAGUUAUCAGGCCUUGCCAUCAGACUAGAAGACUUCCUCAAAGCUUUAAAAACAACAAAACCUUGUGCAGUGAGAGAAGGUAUUGUAACAGUCCCGGAUGUAAGUUGGGAUGAUGUUGGAUCUUUGAACCAAGUAAGAAAAGACUUACAGCUAGCAGUGUUGGCUCCAGUGAAAUAUCCGGAACAAUUGAGUAAACUUGGACUCUCUGCACCAAGCGGAGUGUUACUUUGUGGACCUCCAGGAUGUGGUAAAACAUUACUGGCGAAGGCUGUAGCUAACGAGGCGGGAGUAAAUUUUAUAUCUGUUAAAGGUCCUGAACUACUCAACAUGUAUGUUGGUGAGAGUGAGAGAGCAGUGCGUACGUGUUUCAGACGCGCUCGAAAUUCCGCACCCUGUGUGAUAUUCUUCGACGAAUUCGACGCUCUAUGUCCGAGACGUACGUCACAAGAUAACAACGGUGCUGCCAGAGUGGUGAACCAGUUGUUGACCGAAAUGGACGGUAUAGAAAGCCGUGAAGGAGUCUUUGUGUUAGCAGCUUCAAACAGGCCAGAUAUUAUUGACCCAGCAGUGCUACGACCGGGACGUCUCGACCGCGUCAUGUACGUUGGAAUGCCGGCGAGAGAAGACCGGUUCGACAUCCUCCAGAAGCUAACCAAAGGUGGUACUAAGCCACAAUUAGGACCUGACGUGGACCUACAAGUGAUUGCAGGGUUAACCGAAGGCUAUACGGGGGCUGACCUCGCAGGACUGGUCAGAGCUGCCGCCACUAAUACAUUAACGAACCACAUCGCAAAUGGAACUCUUGAAGGCGAAAUUUUCGUAACAUUCGAAGACUUUAGAGCAGCUCUAUCGAAAUGCAAGCCUUCCGUUUCGUCGAAAGAGCAGUUGCACUACGAAAAACUGAGAUUGAAGUACGCAUCGGGUGCCGACGACAAAGAUAUGGAAAUGGAGACUGAACCACUAACCGAAGAGUCAAUGGACACUGUGUGAGGACUGUUCAUUGAUAUCAUUUUAGAUAUAUUUUCAUUAAAUCACAUACCGUUAAUUUUAAGCGUGUACUUCAAACAAAUAGUGCCAAGUUGUUCCUUUUUAAGUUAAAUUUUGAUGUCAGUAUAGAAUCAUUGGUAUGAUGUGCCUCAAUAUAGUAUAUGUAUAAGCAGAAUGAUAAUUUUUGAUCAAAUGGGUAUGCGAAUUUAAUUUUUAGAGUGUUACACUGUUAUGCUCAUGAAUUCAUAUAACUGCACAUUUAAAGAUUCAGCAAAAUAAAGAAAAUAUUUUUUCCUAUA